AGCUUUAAGGGAAAGCUGGGUAAACCAAUCCAGAUAGCACAUACAGAGAGGCUCCACCAGCUGGAUUUUUAUCCCUCCGUCUCCAGGAUGAAGCUGUGCAUGAGCAGAAGGGUCAACACAGAUAUAACACAAUAAUUCUUCACCCAUACUUAGCUGAUCUUUGGAAAACAAACAUACAUGACAUCCUCCUGUGGUCAAGCCCUAUAAACACAUGAGAGGGAAGGAACAGAGACAAACCAUGAAAAAGAUAUACAUUGGCAAAACUGCCUUAAAAGUCCCCCGAAAUGGCGGCAAACACCCUAAAAAGAGCUCAUUGCUGGAACAGAAGGAGGACUUACGAAAGAGACUUUCCUACACGACACACAAACUGGAGCUGCUGCAGAACGAGUUCGACUCCACACGGCAGUACCUGGAGACCGAGCUGCGCCGAGCGCAGGAGGAGCUGGAUAAAUUCACAGAUAAACUGCGCAGAAUACAGAGCAGCUACUCAGCACUACAGAGAAUCAACCAGGAUCUGGAGGAAAAAAUUCACAGAGAUUCUCAGCACCACGAUGAUGAAAAACGAGCUCUGAGCAGAGAAAUCAUCGUCCUCAACAACCACCUGAUGGAGGCCAAGCUCACCAUCGAGAAGCUGCAGGAGGACAACGACGUGUACAGAAAAGACUGUAACCUGGCUGUUCAGCUGCUGCAGUGCAACAAGUCUCUGUACAGAGCCCAGCUCUCUGAGCUGCCUGCAGAUUUUCAGGAGCGUCUGACCGUGCACCUGGAGGAGUCUCCUCUCUGCCACAACUACUCCGACUCCACCUCCCUCAUUGCCAACGUGCUCGAGAAGCCAGAUGAAGCCUGCAGCAGCAGCCAGGUUUCCCGUUCCCCCAGCCCCCAGGCCCAGGAACAUACUUUUAUCCUGGAAAGACUGGGCCCCGGGGAGCGCCUCGGGCUCCGCGCGGCCUACAAAUCUGACCUGUAUAGCAGCGACACGGCCCUGUACUGCCCCGAAGAUCGUCACCGCGAGAGGCGGCCCAGCAUGGAUCUCCAUGGUUACAGGACGCUGCUGUACGGGCCCCAAAACUCCACCGACAGCACUCCAGAGGAGGGCUCCGUGGGACUGAGAGACGGCUUCUCUCAGGAGCAUUUUGCUAAGUUCCCUGCUGCACUGGCCGGAGGCUCCAGCUCAUACUCCAGCUUCAGUGGAGAGGGGUCUGAGGACAAAGGCAACAACCCGCCAAGCAGUGCAGCCUCCUCGCCACACCACCACUCCCUCUACAUGGAGUGGAGAGAUGCAGGGGACUAUGAAAGAAAGAGCGACUCGUCCUGGGAAAGGGACAGUCCGGGGAGCUUCUCCAACGCUCAUCCCUUCCAACAGACCGAGCUGAGCCACCACCAGAACAGCAGCUCUCCGGUUUAUAGCCGUACCAUGUCCUCGUGUUUCAGUGAGCCCUACGAGCCGCUCCCUCCAUCUUCCUCCCCGAGCGUGGCCUUUGGAGACAGUCGUCGCGGAAGCACAUUAGCCCCUGAGGAGGAGGAGCUGAUUAGUCGAUGGAGACAGCUCAGUGUGGAGGACUUGAGUGCCCACUCGUACCGCAGCCCAGGCCGGGCCUCGCCUUACAGCUUCUCAGAGCAGCACUUUUCUGUGCGCCCCGCUAAGAUCCGCCUCGGACCACUCUACAGCAGCUUCCAGGAGGGGGCUGAUUACUACCGCCAUCAAGGAGCGGACGCCAUGGACCCCGUGUGGGCCACCGCCAGCCCCGAAUGCAGCAGCCCAGGUCUGCGGCAAGCCCACAGCCAGGCCCACCUCUACCGAGCCGAGGACAGCCAGGGGUCCGAGCACAGCCUCUACCACUCAGGGAGUUCCAAGGACAGGGAGGGCAGCAUCGUGACUGCGGGCCAGAGCGCCGAGUACAUGGAGCCCAGCCCGAACAGCUCCACCGAGUCACUUAACCAGAGGUCCCUGGAGAUGGCUGCAGAGCUGCAGCACUAUCAGGUGGUGGAAAUGCACAGCAUGCCCGCACAGAUGGGGCAGCCGCCACCGCAGACCCCGCCCCCGCCUUCACCCUACAACCAAAAAUUUGGCUCGUUGGGACUUUCCAGGAAGGACAGUCUGACCAAGGCCCAGCUUUAUGGAACGCUUCUGAACUAAAGCCAACCGGGUUUAAUCCUUAAUCUCAGCCUUGGUGUUGCUCAGCUUCACCUUCUGUUGCUGCCGACCGGAAACGAUCCCGAUGAGCAGCCGGGAGACGGACAUUUCCUGAAAACGUGACCCCUGAAGAUCAUUCAAGAGUCCCGACUAGACGAGGAAGUGGAUCGCAAGGGUUUACAGCCGAAACUUUCUGAGGAAGUGAGGCCAAAUGGGAACAGGCAGGGAGUUUAUGAUUCCUUAAAGUGUAUUUAAAAAUUAUCUGUAUGGAAGUCAGUUAUAUAAAUUCUAGUAAAAAUGGAGUGAUAUAUUUUCUAUGUAGUUGUUAGCAAGAAAUACAUUGAAAACAAGUUCAGACCUUCUUGAUAAUCCCGGAACUUGUAGAUAAAUUAAAAAAAAAAAAAACUGCCGAUGAUGCCAUAUAUGAUCAGUUUCAGUCAAUAUUUUCAACCGGC